AUGUCAGCAAAGGAUACGUGGGAAGCCCUCCGAGCCCUCUGGAUAGACACAUAUCUCGGACCCCCUGAUACUAUCAAGCACGACGCAGGGACCAAUUUUGCCUCCCUAGAGUUCCGUAACGAGGUUGAAAGAUAUCAUGCCCCUCUCCGCCCCAUCAACGACACAGCAGGGCCAAAUGGCAUUGUCCCUACGCUCCUAGUCUUUGGCGCCUACCCUCGAAUGGCGUUAGAUUCGCCCCCUUCUGCUACGACCCUGAAAAGGGCUGCCGCAGCCCAGAAGGCGAUGAAAAUGCUUCGUCAGCUCUCAGCAGAGCGCGAGGUCCGAAACAAGCCAAAGACGACGUUCCUAGUCAAGAAGGAAGAAGAUGCCUACCAACUAGCCAUCAAGCUACGGGACGAAGGCAUUAUCACAACGCCAGGCACCCCCUUUGAGGAAUCCGAUAGCACGGAGAUCGAUGAUCUAUUGGUACGAGGAGUGUUUAGCUUCGAACGCUACAAUGAAGCAAAGCACGGGAACCAUCAUAUCUUCCGCUCCCGCAUGGUCCGCGAGGUUAAAGGGCACAACGACCAAGAGAAAACCACCCUAUUGACGCAAUCCCCGACAAUUCAACGCGGACCUGAUAACUUUGGGAUUGUGGGAAUGCAGACUGACGAUACCCUUAUGCUUGGCACACAACGUUUUUCCGCGCUAGAGGAAGCGGAACUCGUAAAGGCACAAUUUCGGGCAAAGCCGAAGACAACGAUGACCCCGGGUACUAGCAUUGACUUCAACGCCAAGAUCGAACCCAUCGACAUCAAGGCAUACGAUCGAGCCCAACAGUACGUGGAACAGCGUGCCCGUGGCGCAGGAUUGCACGACCUCAACAAGCGGCUUCAAUGGCAGAAAGACCACCAGCAGCGAGGCCUAACGUAUAUCCCUAUUGACCUCGCCAAUGCCAAGCUUAUCAUCUUUACCGACGGUUCCUUUGCGAACAAUAAGGACCUAUCGUCACAGCUAGGCUUCGUCAUUGCCCUAGGCAAUGUCCUCCAUUGGAGCUCAACGAAGUGUAAGAGGGUCACCCGAAGCGUGCUAGCAUCAGAGAUCUACGGCAUGGUCAACGGAUUCGAUAUUGGGAUAUCACUAGCAACGACGAUACGGAAGAUCACAGACCGCCUCAAUCUUCCCCCCUAUCCCCCUAAUCCUUUGCACCGACUCUUUUUCCCCUCUACGAGUGCCUCGUUAAGCUAG